AUGGAGCUGGUGUCGGUGCAGCAUGAGUUUGAGUACACGGCGAAGGACGGUCGCCUGGUGACCAUCAAGCCUCAGGAGAGCUACAUCCUGCUCGCCAAGACCAGCGAGCACUGGUGGCACGUUCGCAAAGACCAGCACAGUAGACCCUUCUACGUCCCUGCCCAGUAUGUGAAGCAGCUCCCUGCACCUGCUGCAGACCCUCCAAAUAAGCUGCCUCCACCUGAGUGUGUGACUAGCAGUAAGCCAGUGGAUAUAACUAAUGUAACACCUCGUAAAGGGACGAGGAUGCAUUUAUCAGCUCAGGAUGCUACAAAGGAGACGUACAGGUUCUCCACUUUUGGUUUCGGUGAGAACAUACCAGAAGUUAAACCCUGUGAGGCUCCGGAGGACAGAAGAACCAGCAGCUUUUCACACAGCCAGAAUAAUAUAAAGACACACAAUACAACAGUUCUCUCUCUGACUGUGAAUAAUGACAGCCUGUAUGCAAAACCUCAUCCUGUGCAAAAGGCCAAAAACAGAAAAAAACAGUCACAGCAAGAAGAUACAUUUAAACAGCUGCAGACUUUUCCACAAGAUGACGAUUUGGACUUCCCAUCACCCCCCAGUUCACCUGUUUACGACACCAUCCCAGAGCUAAAAAUCACAGAUUUUGACACGUUUCCUGAGCCGCCUGCUCCUGUUGCUGCAGAUGAGACGUUAAUGUUGGAGCAGGAGAUUCAAGCUGCGGGAGAGACUUCUUCUAGAGAUGAACCUCCCACUGAGCAGGUGGAGAAUGAGAGUCUCCGGUCAGCCGUGUACGUAAAUGUAGCACAACUUCGCAAAAGCAUCUCCGAGUCUCCUCCCUCGGCUCCUUCGUCCUACUCUCCUUCCUACCUCGACCCUGAAGGAUGGGAGGUGCACGUUGACGAGGAGAGUGGCCAGGAGUACUUCUACCACCCCCCCACGGGGCGCACCACCUGGGACAGCCCCUUCAUAGACUCUCCCACAGACCCCGAGCCGCCGUGUUCCCCCUCGCCUCCUCAGUCUCCUGCACUCUCUCCGUCCACCGCGUCGCCCGGCUGGACCUCAGACUGGGAGCAGUUGGUGGAUGAGACCAGCGGGCGCCCCUACUUCUACAACGCGAUGUCUGGGGAGACGUCCUGGGAGCCUCCAGAGCCGCUGAGCCCGUACCCCACCGUGAUGGAGCCCAUGAGCGUGCACAGGUUUCACGAGGACGGGCCGCCUCCGCUCCCGGAGGAGGACUACCCGUCGGAGGAUUACCCUGGUGCUGAAGCUCCGGAGGGCCACGAGGAGCUGCUGGCCGCCGGCCCUCCUCCCACCCUGCCUAAAGAGUUCACGCUCAGCCACCUGAGCCGGACCAUCAUCCCCCGGGCCAACCUGGACCGCAGCACGCCGGCCGGCUGGAGCCUCAACGUGGAGCCCAACGGGACCUGGGUGUUCACCAACGAUCACUCGCCAGAGCAGUGGAUCAAGUCUGUGGACGAUCGAGGGCAGACCUACUACUACCUGAGAGACGGCUCCAGGUCCCAGUGGAACCUGCCUGAGGUCCCUGGAGGCCAGUCCAGGAUUGAGAACGGUGUCGAGGCGGACAACGCGUCCGUCAUCAAGAACUGGAGACACACCAUGGGACCGGCUCAGUUCAGCUCAGCCCAGGACGAAGGGAGGUUCUUCCCGACUCACCGGAGGAACACGUCGGACUACAGCAGCGACAGCAGCAGCACAGGGAACUCUCCGGAGACGCAGCACAACGCUUUUGGCUUCAGAGCCUGGAGGAACCCGUACUAUCUGACCUCCAGGUGGCUGCGCUAUAACGUGCAAAACUUGGAGAAAGCUGGAAUCCUUAACAAAACAAAAGUGUGUGAGAACGGCAAGAAAGUGAGGAAAAACUGGGCCCAGACGUGGACGGUCCUGCAUGGAGGAGUGCUGACGUUCCACAAAGACCCGAAGUCUGCAGCGACGGGAGCCUCGAACAAGACCAAUCAGAUCGUCCCGGAGGUGACGGUGGACCUGCGGGGAGCCACGAUUGGCUGGGCCUCCAAGGACAAAUCCAGCAAGAAGAAUGUCUUAGAGUUAAAAGGAAAGAACGGCGUGGAGUUCCUGAUCCAGUACGACACAGAAAGCAUCAUCACAGACUGGCACAAAGUCUUAGUGGACACCAUCAGACAGCUGGAGUACCAGGACCAUCACUCAGAGGACGAGGACAGCGACUUGUACGAGAAGAUCGCCACCACGGAGCGAGACGAGAAGGCGGGAGGCAACAUCGACAAGCGGAGAUCCUCCAGGCCAAGUGUGACGCACUCGUCGAGCAACGCAGGAGACGCGGAUCAGAAGAGGGUUCGGACGAAGCUGAUGAAGUUCCUCAUGAAGCGUCCCACGCUGCAGUCUGUGAAGGAGAAAGGCUACAUCAGAGACAAUGUGUUUGGCUGCCCUCUGGCCACUCUGUGUACUCAGGAGAGGACCACAGUUCCUAGUUUUGUGGAGAAAUGCAUCAAAGCGGUGGAGAAGAGAGGUUUAGACAUUGAUGGACUCUACAGAGUGAGCGGGAACCUCGCUGUCAUCCAGAAACUUCGCUUCAAGGCCGACCACGAGGAGCUGGACCUGGAGGACGGACAGUGGGAGGACGUCCACGUCAUCACCGGAGCGCUCAAGCUGUUUUUCCGAGAGCUUCCCGAGCCGCUUUUCCCCUUCAGCCACUUUAAUAAGUUCAUCUCCGCCAUCAGAAUUCCUGAUUACAACACAAAACUGUCGUGCAUGUACGAGCUGGUCAACACACUUCCUCCUUCAAACCACGAUACCAUGAAACUGCUUUUUGGGCAUUUACGCAGGGUAAUUCAGUUCGGGGAGGAUAACCGAAUGACGGUUCAGAACGUGGCGAUCGUCUUCGGGCCGACGCUGCUGCGGCCGGAGACGGAGUCGGCCAACAUCACCAUGCACAUGGUCUUCCAGAACCAGAUCGUAGAGUUCAUCCUGAAUGAGUACGAACGCUUGUUCUUCUCCAGCUAAAGCAGCCGUGAGCCUCCCUGCAGACCUGGACAACACGGCUCAAAUGUGCUGUUGAAGUGCUAGAUUUUUUUUUUUUUUUUCAGCUUCAGUGCAACAUCGAACAGGAAACUCUUGCUGUAAAAUAAGUUAAAGGGCUCUUCAAGUUUUCUUUGCUCAGAAUAUUUGACGUUUAAUCACAAAAAAAUUAGAUAAAAGGGAUCUUCAAAAUGGUCUUUGCAGCAUGUUUAACCACAGUUUGUCCAGAUUGACUCAAUAGGAGGCCGACACUGUUAGAAUUAUCUGUGGCAGUAUUGUAGGAUUUAAAACGGUUUAAAGUUUCUGAGCUGUUCUCCAGGAAGUUACUUGUGAGAUGAAUUGUUUAUUGUCUAAACCGCAGUGAAAAUAAGUCGAACCUGGAUGGAUUUGCAGCAUUAACGCUCUCCUGAAGAAACGAUCAACGAUUUGCUUCCAUCUUUAUUUUUAGAAAAGUUUUAAUGUCAUUUUAAAUAUUGUUCUGAAUUUGAGAUUAUCAUGUAUGGCAAUAAUAACUGAGAUUGUAUUCUAAUAUUGUGUCAUUUUUACCCAUGAAUUUUAUUGUAAUAUAGAAAUGUAUAAAAAAGAAAUAUUAAUACCAACAUCUCGCUGUGACAUAGAAUACUUGUGCAACGUUUAGAUUAUUUUCCACUGAAUAAAAAUGCCAUUUUUUCAAUCGUGCUGUACUUGAAGAAACUGUGUAAUAACAACAUAGAAAUUAUAAACUAGUGAUGCCUUUUUU